UUUGCCGGCAAAUCUAAUUUAGAGCGGCAAUUGGAUCCGCGAAAUUCAGUAAACAACUGAAAUUAGCCGCAUUAAUGAGGCUCGUGAAGCCGGGUUGGGUGCACCAUGAUGAUAAACCAAUCUUCUCGGUGGACGUGCAUCAGGAUUGCACAAAAUUCGCAACAGGCGGACAGGGAAAUGAUUCGGGACGCGUUGUCAUUUGGAAUCUGAAGCCGGUGCUGUCCGAAAAGGAUGAGAACGAUGCGACGGUGCCAAAGAUGCUCUGCCAAAUGGAUCAGCAUUUGGCGUGUGUGAAUUGUGUGCGUUGGUCACAGAAUGGUUUACUCCUUGCCUCCGGUUCCGAUGACAAGCUGAUCAUGAUUUGGCGCAAAGCGCAAGGACCCAGCGGUGUCUUUGGCACCGGCGGCAUGCAACAGAAUCACGAGUCCUGGAAAUGCAUACACACGCUGCGUGGACACGAUGGUGAUGUCUUGGAUUUGGCGUGGUCACCAAACGAUUUAUAUUUGGCCAGUUGCAGCAUUGACAAUACAAUUAUUGUGUGGGAUGGACGUGGUUUGCCCGCCCAGCUGCAAACGCUCAGAGGACACACGGGCCUGGUCAAAGGCGUCGCCUGGGAUCCAGUGGGCAAAUUUCUGGCCUCCCAAUCCGAUGAUCGUAGCAUUAAGAUUUGGCGUACGAUGGACUGGUCGUGCUCGACAACGAUAACGGAACCGUUUCAGGAAUGUGGCGGGACAACGCAUAUACUACGACUCUCCUGGUCACCAGAUGGACAGUAUUUGGUCUCGGCCCAUGCCAUGAAUGGAGGCGGACCGACGGCACAGAUCAUUGAGCGUGAGGGUUUCAAGUGUGACAAGGAUUUUGUGGGACACCGCAAGGCGGUCACUUGUGUACGCUUCCACAAUUCCAUAUUGAUACGUCACAUGACCGGUGGGAAUCCCAGCAAGCCGACACAAUAUUGUCUACUGGCUGUUGGCUCCAGAGAUCGAUCUCUGUCGGUUUGGAUGACGGCAUUGCAGCGUCCCAUGGUUGUCAUCCAUGAGUUGUUCAAUGACAGCGUGCUGGACAUGUCCUGGGGACCACAACAAUGUCUACUCAUGGCCUGCAGUGGCGAUGGCACCAUUGCAUGCCUCCAAUUCAAUGAGGAUGAACUGGGCACACGUGUUUCGGAUCAGGAAAAGAAUGCCAUCUUUAAGCGUAAAUAUGGUGGUUGCAUUGAGGAUUUCUAUGCACCCAUUAAGCCACCUCCUCCCAAGGCCAGAGUUCUGCCCGAAUUGAGUAGUUAUGCGCUGCCCAAUGCCGCCAUGGAUCGAAGGCUUCCUGUCCAGACACCAGCUGCUUCCAAUACCUCGCCGGCUCGUGCCAUCAGCAAACAGACAGAGACACGCACCAAGGAUGGCAAGCGACGGAUUACCCCAGUGUUUAUACCACUCAAUGAUCUGUCGGAGCCCUUGUCGGGCAUUGGCAGCUCCAUUGGCAGUUCACCCAGCAACAACAACAGCCACAAUAACAACAACAUGAAUAGUAAUAACGUGGACAGUGGAAAUGGAAGUGUGGUCACAUCGGGAGGAGUUGGAGUCAUCGCCGGACUGGGAGUGGAACCAUUGAUGCCCGAGCCACUUUACGGACGUGGAGAACAGGGAUCAAGAUCCAGUCUGAUGCUUCCACCGGCUGCGGCAACAACAGCUGCAAUUGCGCCACGUCGCAAUUCGAUGCAGUUGCUCUGCGAUUUGAAUAGCAGCAAUACAUUGGGUCCCAAGCUGCAAAUCACAGCGAAUAGUAAAUGUGAAUUUACGAAAUCCGCCCAAGACUAUCGCAUCCAUGUGCAGAAUGGACACCUGAAGACGGGCUAUGGCAUGGUGGCCAAGGUGACGGCCCAGUUGAGUCGGGAGCAGCUCUGGGAGAUGUAUGUGGGCUCGCCCGUGAUUAAUGUGAAUCUGUGCAGUAAAUAUGUCAUGUUGUGCUCCCUGGACGGAAGCAUGCGUCUGCUGGCCAUGUCAACGGGCUGUCCCAUCUUUCCGGCCAUUUCAUUAACCUCGGCGGCCGUUCAUUGCGCCUUCAGUCCGGAUAAUCAAAUGGUUGGCGUCCUCACCGAAUGCGGCAUGUUGAGGAUAUGGAAUAUUGGCAAGAGACGCAUUCGUCUGUCCACCAAUUGCCUGGAAUUGCUCAAUAAACAUGGCAUGGCAUUGCAUUUUGCCAUCACGGAUCAGGGAAUGCCUCUAAUUGGUUUCCCCAGCGGCAAUUCAUAUUCGUACUCAACACAACUCAAAUCCUGGCUGGUUCUGGCCACUGGAGAUGCCAUACUCUUUAAUGGUAUUCGUGGCUCGUUGCCCAGGGACUUGGAGCAUGUGAAUCGCAAGUUUCCCCUGCUUAGCAUGCAGGCCGGUACGCAUAAUUUUGUCAGUUUGCGGGGAGCUGUGGAAAUUGAUCCGGAAAGCUGGCAACAGACGGCCAAAGUUCUCUUUCUGGAGAAUCAAAUCAAGCUGUGCGAAGAAUUGGAAGCUGUCGAGGAGCUGAAGCAUUGGCAUGUCAUGUUGACCUUUCAACUGGCCACCUACGGCACCGAGAAGCGUCUGCGCAUCUUUCUCGACAGCUUUCUCAACAGCGGCGAGGAGCAGACGAGUUACCAGUCUGUGCCGAAGCAUGAGUUGAUGCAGUGCGUCCUGGAAUCGCUGAAGCCGCAUACUCAAUGGGAGCACAUCUACAAUGAGUAUUUGGAGCUCUACCAACUGAACGAGGAGAAUUUUGUUGUUUCUUCCGAACCGCUGCCACAAUCCUCAUCAAAUAUUUCGUAUCCGCUGCCGACGACGCCGUGUCCCAGGACACGUGCUGCUGCUGCCGCUGCGGCGGCCAUUGAAGCCCUCCUCACGGCGGAACCUUCAACGCCUCCGCCGUCAACGAAAGAGAUUCCGGAGCAAGAAAGUGAUGCGGAUUCAACGUCAUCUUCCCUGCCUGCCACAACAGUCACAACGCCAGAGCCUGCGGCCAUGGAAACUGAUGCGAAUAUCUAAAUAUAGAAGAUCCUCUUUUAACCUUCUUCCCCCUUUAUUUCCUUCCUUCACUUUCCACAUUGAUAUUCCAUAAGCGCAACUUACUGUCAUUUUUGUUUUAAGUGAAAGUUAUAAAUAAUAUAGUUUCUUUUUGUAAUAAUAUCAA